CUUCGCAGCAACAAAUCUUGCCUUCAGCACUUGUCCAGAUAGCCAUUGGCUCAUUACGCAGACCAUCCCAUCUACCGCCACGAUGGGAAUCUUCGACUAUGUCUCCGAUCUCUACGAGGCGCUGACCGUUAGGGAGGCCGAGGCCGAGGAGCCGCAGAAAGAUCAAGGUGGUGACGAAGAGAGCGAGGAGAAGGAAGAGAAGAGUGAUGAUGGCGAGGCCGAGGGCGGCGAUGAGGAGGGUGGAGAUGACGCAGAAGAGGAGGAGGAGGAAGAAGAAGAAGAAGAGGAAGAGCCAGAGGACAUCAAGCCAAAGCUCGAGGAGGAGUGCCUGCAGACCAAGCAAUGCGCGCCAUUGAAGCACCAUUACGACGAGUGCGCUGAGCGCGUAAAGCACCAGACGGAGCAGCACGGCAAGGCCGAUGAAGACUGCGUCGAGGAGUUCUUCCACAUGAUGCACUGCGCGACCGCAUGCGCCGCGCCUAAGCUAUUCCGACAGCUCCGGUAGACCUCACAACGAUUUAUCUCCCGUCUCGAUCGAUAAAAAACCUUCUUGAAGCCGCCAGGUUACGAGGCUGAAACCAAGUCGCGAUGGAAUAGAUAUCAGCCCAUACCAGAAUCCGCCUGUAUAGCAAUCCCAGAUACGUUGUACUAUUGUACUGUCUCGAAUAUAUAUAUGCACUCUCUAUCAGGACCCUCCGUCAGCGAGCAGAUAUGAGGGUCGCAGCAUGCCAUCAGAGAGCUCGUGUCAGGGCCUCAAACUGCCUCGAAUGAAGCUAUGGAACAGUAAAAGCUGCAUGUGCUAGUUUUAGAACGAAUGGUUAUUCCU